GUUUCGUUUUAUUAUUAUUCCUUAAUUAAAGGAAAAAGCAACAUGCGUUCCUCGUCUUUGCCAUCAAAGUAUUUAUUUAAUAGUACUUCACCUUAAAAGAUGUCUGUCAUGAUUCCUAUCUUCUUAAGGUAAACAAAGUUAAAGUUGUUAUAUGCAUGUAUAUACCAAGACAAGACCAUCGACACUUUCUUACAAUCCCAUAAUUAACGACUAAUACUAAACUACCACAUCCAAAAAAUGGCCACGCACGACGAUAUUAAUGCAAGCAGCAUCGAGAAUGAAGAUGAGGCAUGGGUUAUCAACUCGAUUGAAGAAGCCCCCCCACCACCUUUGUCAUCUGCACGAAUCCCUAGAGUUCCGAAGAUAUUGGUGUGCGAGACGAGCGAUAUCUAUGAGAAAUACUAUGUUCCGAAGGUGGUUUCCAUUGGUCCAUACCAUCACAAGAACCAGAAGCUCGAGUUAGCCGAGAAACUCAAGCCUGUUUUCACGAAGGAGCUCCUCUCCAAGUACACGGUGGGCCUUAGUACGUUGUACAAAAAGCUUGGGACAGCGAGCAUGGUGCAAGAGUUACGGAGUUUCUAUGAAGAGAAAUCAACAGACCAUCUCUCCAGUAAGGAAUUUACUAUGAUGAUGUUGCUCGAUGGAUGUUUUAUUUUGUAUUAUAUUCUAUUUAUCUACGGAGAGAAACCUGGAAGUUGUAAAGAGUUGAGAAGCCAUCAGAUUGUGUUUAUCCAACAAGACUUGUUCUUGCUGGAAAACCAAAUUCCCUUCAAAGUUAUAAACGAGCUGACGGAUUUGAUAAACCUGACUGAAAGGCGUGACAAGAUGAGAUCGUUCUUCACUAACAACAUUUUGGUACCAGGGAGGCAGAAAAGAGGGUGGUUCGGUUUCCGAAGCGGUUCAACCCAAAAUGAUCAAAAUUUCGGUUCGAAAUUGGUAGCAGAUCAUCACCAUCUGCUCCAUCGUCUGCAUUCUAGCCUUACACGAACAAGGGAAGACGAUGCUCAAAAGGAUGAAAUAAGCAACAGAUGUACUUUUCGUAAUGUUAAUGAGCUUGCAGAUGUUGGGAUCCAAUUUAAGCCGAGUAGCUUUAUGUCUUUGGCUCAUGUGGAAUUUGUUGGACGGUGGUGGUGGUUUUCAGCAAAUGUAAGACUACCUCCGAUAACCGUGGACGAUUCCACCAAGCCCAUGUUAUUAAACUUAAUAGCCUAUGAAAUGUGCGCAGAAGACGCACAUGAUGCAUGGGUUACCUCCUACAUAUGCCUCCUUGAUUCUCUCAUUGAUCAUCCUGAGGACGUUAAGGCUCUUCGGAAAGCUGGGGUCCUUGAUAACUCCCUUGGGAGUGACAAAGAAGUUGCGACGAUGUUCAAUGAAAUAGGGACGGAUUUGGUGCCAAACAAUUUAGCAUAUUCGAAGGCCAAGUACGAAAUCCAAAAACAUUACGACAGCUUGAGGAACACAAGGUUUUCCCAACUCAAGCACGAGUACAUCAAGAGCCCGUGGUCAUUUCUAGCGCUUGUAGGAGCUGUGUUGGCUCUAUUUCUUAGCGGUGUUCAAACUUACUUCACUGUCUGGGGUCCCCCUGGCGAAUGUGACGAUCUUUGCAAGUUUUUGAAGCUGAAUCAUCACUUAUGAGAUCCAAUAAUAUAUAAUUGAUGGUUCUUCUUACUACAUUUCCUGUGUGUAUCUGUUUUGGUGUGUUUUUGAAAGAGUGAUUGCGUAUGUAUUGUGUGUUUCCCCACUUGUAUUCAACACCAAUAACUCUCCCACGAGGUUUGAGACUUUAUUUUUGAAAUAAAUCCGCUUGUGAAUUUUUUGUUUGAUA